CGACAUUGAAAAAUAUCCUUAGUUGAAGCAGGUUGAAGCGUCCAACGUAUCCUAUCUAUCGGCUUUCUACCACCUAUUGAUGUUCAGCUUCAACGUUCUAUUUCAAAACUCAACAGUCUCAACACUUGACCGGCCCUGACCUCCAUACAAAAUUCAGGAAACGUUUACAAGGAAUACUGGAAAUUUUCCAAUUGGUCAUGGUCAAAUAUUUCCCUUUUAAAUUCAUCAGAUAUCCUCUGGACGAUUCAUGUGGAAGGAAGGGUGGAGGCUGUUAGAGAGAGGAUCCUAGAUGAUCCCUUAUGUAUAUCCUUGUUCAGUUCCACUCUCUGGUCAAAGCUGUACAUUUCGGCGGUUCACACGGACCGGUAAAUCACUCGUGCGGAAAUCACCUGCUAAAGCGUUAAGAGGGGUCGCCCAGAACUUUCGUGUCGUUCUUGGCUAUGUUUCCCGCUAGGCUAUCUAAAUAUCUAUCAAAGAAACCUCUCCACACGAUCAUGCACAUUACCCGUCAACGUAACACACACUGGAAGACCUUCGCACCCUCAGCUCUACCAGGUUCAGAAACUUUUGCGGCCCAAAGCUCACUUCCAAAGCUUCCAGUACCCGAGCUUAGUGGAACAUUGUCGUAUCUUAAGGAGAGUUUAAAGCCGAUAGCUUGGAAUGAGGCUGAGUACCGCGCCGUGGUAUCCAAGAUUGACGAAUUUGGUGCUAGAAUCGGACCAGAAUUGCAGAAACGUUUGCUGAAAAGGCAAGCAGAAACUGAUCAUUGGCUGGAACGUUGGUGGGAUGAUGGCGCAUACUUGGGAUACAGGGAAUCUGUCGUCGUUAAUGUGUCCUACUAUUAUGGUUUUGAUGAUCACCCCUCUCACCUGCGUCAGACUCCUGCUGCUCGUGCAGCCGCUCUCGCAAGAGGUGCCAUGUUGUUCAGAAAGAAAUUGAAACAAGGCCAAAUAACACCGGAAGGAACGAGGGAAGGGCCGUUUUGCAUGGACACAUAUAGAUGGAUGUUCGACUGCUGCCGGAUUCCCGGUUCGGACGGUUUAGAUUGGAGCAAGUCGUUUGCUGUAGAGGGAGAUACGGGCGACUCGGGACAUAUUAUCGUUAUGCGCAGGAAUCGUAUAUGGAGAAUCGACGCGGCUGUCAACGGUCGAAUACUUAGCACUGACGAAUUAGAGAGCCAGAUCAAAUACAUAUACGAGAACACCACACAAUCUUAUUCUGGUGUCGGUAUUCUGACGGCUUCUAAUCGCGAUGUAUGGGCUAAGGAUUACGCAGAACUUGUGACCUCAGAGCAUAACUCUGACAUUUUGGACACAAUUCAUUCAUCUGCCUUCAUCAUAUGUUUGGAAGAAGGUGCUCCAUCAUCACCAGAACAGAACAGUCGCGUUUUAUGGCAUGGGCAUUUCUCCAAUGGUCAGGCCGUCGGUCUCCAGAAUCGAUGGGUCGACAAGCCUUGCCAGUUCAUUGUAUACGACAACAUGUAUGCCGGCUUCAUGGGAGAACACUCGAUUAUGGAUGGAACUCCCACCGUUCGUCUGUGCGAUGAAGUCCUCGAUGCUUUAGCGAGUCCUUCUUUCGAUCAUGGCGUUAAACCAUCUGGUCAGCCCGCUAUUCCUCCCACUCCCCUCGAUUGGGAGAUAUCGGCUGCAACAGCCCAGGCUAUCAUGACUGCCAACGCCGCGGCACUAGAUCUUAUCAAUAGCCAAGUGCUUUCAUACUAUCUUACGUCUUAUGGGAAAGACGAAAUCAAGAAAUUUGGCGUGUCUCCGGAUUCUUGGGCGCAGAUGAUCAUUCAGCUUGCAUAUCGUAGAACAAUUGGGAAUGAAAACAGAAAGGGUGGCACAUACGAAGCUGCUACGACGAGGAAGUUCUACAAAGGUCGCACGGAAGCUAUACGAGUGGUCACCUCUGAAUCAGACGCUUGGGUGGAAAGUAUGGACAACCCAAAUGCUAGUAACGCCACCAGGAAGGAAUUGUUCAAUCUUGCUACCAAGAAGCACGUUGCACUAGCCAAACUAUGCGGUGCAGGUCAAGGAAUUGAUAGACAUAUACUCGGUAUGUUGCUACUUCCGGUUUUCGAAGACAUUUCUCGAAAUUCCGCAGGUCUCAAGAAACUACUCGCGGAGUCCGAAGAAACACCCGCAUUGUUCUCUGAUCCCGUAUUCACGAGAUCCAGCUAUUGGGUACUCAGUACAUCUGCUAUAUUCUCCAAACACUUCAAUGCAUACGGAUGGGGAGAAGUAGUUCCAGACGGAUUUGGUGUCGCUUAUAUGACGGGGCACAAUGAUCGUCUGCAGUACACUAUUACAUCUAGGAAGGAAAUGCCUAACUCCAAAUUUAUUAAUGAGAUUGCUUCAGCAGCUAGGGACUUAUACAACCUACACAAAACCAUUGGCACGUCGAAAACGAAAUUAUAGAUAUAUAGAUAGAAUAACGUGUAGUUGUUGCAUUUAACGAAUGAGUACUCAGAUCUCAGAAGCUGGCUGGAUGUAGUUUGCAGCUUGUGGUAAGUGAGCAAGUGCGAAGGAGUCCGUCGUCGAUAUAAAUUAUCGCCGU